AUGUCUUCCAUCGCCGCAGAAGAUGCGACCAUGGUCAAACUGCCAUGGUUUCGGCGCAACAACCCAUCGGUCCAAAUCCUGUUGUCUAGCAUGUGCAUCGCCUUCAAUCCUGGGUUCUAUCUUGCCUUGAACCUUCUCGGCGCUGGCGGCGGCCAACCGUCUUCUUUUCGCAUGGCCAACAUAACCAGCGGUGUCUUGAACGGUGUCUUCGCUGUUUCCUCCAUAGCGGCCGGGACCAUACUCAAUAUUUUUGGCCCUCGCAUCACGCUCCUGGCAGCUUGCACGGGCUACCCCGUCUUCAACGGCGCAAUGUGGUACUUUAGUGAAAAAGGCCACAUGUGGUAUCCCAUCUUCUCCGGUGUAUACCUUGGCUUCACGGCCGGCCUUCUCUGGACGACCUCAGUAUCUAUGUCGGUGGGAUACCCCGAGGAGAAGCACAAGGGCCGUUGGCGUGCAAUUCAGUGGAUCUUCAACCUCGCGGGUGGCACCAUUGGUGCGGCCGUGGCAUUGGGCAUCUCGUGGAAUGCCACCACAAGCGGCGUCCCUCGCGCGGUUUACAUUACCUUCAUUGUCCUCCAGGUCUUUUCACUGGGCUUUGCGGCGCUCAUCCUGCCCCCGGCGAAAUUGAGGCGGUGCGAUGGGACCUCGAUCGCGCGGUUCGAGCAGAUGUCCACGCGAGAGACGAUCAAGCUCACACUGGACGCCCUCCAAGAUUGGCGCGUCUUGCUGUUGAUUCCCUGCAUGUUCACCCCGGAGAUGUUGUUCCCCUUCCAGUCGACCAUGAAUGCGUACAUCUUCAAUCUUCGAACCCGGACACUGAACAGCCUGUUGAACGGACUCAUCCAGAUGCCCAUGACGUACUUCGUGGCCUGGAUCUUGGACAAUCAACGCUUUGGAGCGAGGAGGAGGCGUCUCAUGAUCGCGACAGCAUUUGUCGGCACCUGGUUCACGGGGACAUAUAUUGCCCAGACGGCCUGGCUCGCGGCGUGGGACUUUGAUCUGACCGUCCCGGGCCCGGACAUCGACAUCCAUGACAAGGCCUACGCCGGUGCCAUCGUCAUCUAUCUGCUGUACGCCGCCCUGUACGGAGGGUUCCAGGGCGUCGUCCUCUACACUCUGUCGACGUUCACCAACGACCCACGGAAAACCGCGGCACUCGGUGGCCUAUACGUCGGAGUCCUCAGCGCGGGCACAUCGGUGUGUUUCGGCCUCAAUGCCACUCGCAUUCCCUACCAGAACAUCAACGGCGCGCUCUUCGCCCUCACCACCCUCUGCUGGCCCAUCCUCUUUUUCAUUGCCUACAAGUACGCCACGGACACCAACUACGGCAAGGAGGAGACCGUCACCAUCCCGAUCCACGUUCGAAAGGAACUGGGUUUCGACGAGAUUGACAUGGACAAGCGGAAUGCGGACGAGGAAGUUGUUGACCUCGCUGCCAAAGGGUCGGAGAAGACUGCAGUCGUAGAGACGACCAGGGGAUAG